AUGAUGGCGUCCAGAGUGAUGACCACGCUAUCCGAUGUCCAGUUUUACAUGUGGGGUCUGACCAUGUACCCAGUGGGCGUGUCAUGUGUGGCAUGCUGUUUAGCCGCUGCCCUAGGCUUCUGCUUCUGGGGGAAAGGCAAACAAGGGCGUGGCAGGAAUCCAUUCGCCUUGGAACACGUGCGACCAAUCGAAGACAUCAUAACGGAUAAAGCUACGAGAAAGAAAAUAUUGAAAAACAAGUUCAGCGUAGCCAAGGUACCCGAAGACAUCGACGAUAUCAUCAUAGGGAGCGGAUUUGGAGGGCUAAGCGUUGCGUCACUUCUUUCCCGAGCCGGACACAAAGUUCUUGUCUUAGAACAACAUGGCAGAGCAGGGGGUUCUUGUCACACGUUCCAUGAGAAAGGGUAUGAAUUCGACACAGGAAUCCACUACGUGGGAAAUAUGGCCCCUGGGUCAACUGACCGGGUGCUGAUUGACCAGAUAACUGGGGGCAGAGUGGACUAUCCCCCUAUGGAUGAGGCGUUUGACACGGUUUACUUGGGUGACCCUGAAAAAGCGAGGAAAUAUGACAUAUUGUCUGACAGGAAAAAACUAGAGGCUAGCCUUAUCAAGAAGUUCCCCGAGGAAGAAGAAGGGAUAAAAAAAAUGAUGCAAUAUUUUAAGGAUUGUGAAGGAUUUAUGGAGGGAUAUUUUGUACUCAAGCUAUUGCCGAAAUGGAUCCUAGGAAUUAUGACUUACACAGGAAUUUACAGCAAGUUGUUUAAACCUUACUCUAAAUACUUGUCUGUAACUACCAAGGAAAUAUUGGACCGCUGUACGGACAACAAAGAAUUAAGAGCUGUGUUCACCUAUAUUUUCGGGGACUAUGGUAUUGUGGCAUCAGAAUCCUCGUUUGGGCUACAUGCAAUGGUUCUGAAUCACUACCUGGACGGUGCCUACUACAUCCGGGGCGGUUCGAGUGAGGUAGUAUUACACACCAUUCCAAUUAUAGAGGACGCUGGAGGCAAGGUGCUGGUGAAGGCAUCCGUUAAUAAGAUACUCAUUAACUCCCAAGGACAAGCACAUGGUGUGGAAGUGAAGACGAAGGAGGCAAAAGUUCAAAUUUAUGCAAAGCGUGUUAUAUCCGACGCAGGGCUAGUCAACACAUUCUUCAAGCUAUUGCCACAAGAAAUUGCUUCAAAAUCAUGUAUAUACCCUAUGAUCAAGCAGGUAGGAAGCAGUGUUUCAUUCCUCACGGCCUUCAUAGGACUAAGGGGGACCAAGGAGGAACUAGAUCUAAAGGCACACAACUUGUGGGCAUUUACCAGAACAGACCAAGAAGAAGCUAUGCAGGAAUACCUUGCCCUUUCUCCAGAUGAACUUGAAGGCUAUGAAAUACCACUGAUGUUUGCUUCGUUUCCAUCUGCCAAGGAUCCAUCAUGGGCGGCGAGAAAUCCAGGGAAAAGCACGUGUUUGAUUAUUACGCUAGCCAGGAACGAAUGGUUCACAAAGUGGAGAGACGAGCGAGUGAAGCGUAGAAGUGAUGAUUAUAAGGAUCUGAAGAAUUCCAUUGGCAGACAAAUGUGGAACCAAUUAGCUAAGAUCAAUCCCAAGUUGGAAGGCAGUGAGGAAUUUAUUGAGAUGGGAACCCCCCUUAGCAACGCGCACUAUUUAGGUUCUACUGAAGGAGAAAUGUAUGGUCUUCAACAUAGCAUAGAGCGGUUUGCGGCACCAGCUGCAGUCCAUCUGAGGGCGGAAACUGACAUCCCAGGUCUUUUCCUAACAGGACAAGAUAUAUUGACUGCUGGAUUCACAGGCGCCUCGUUUGCAGCACUGCUGUGUACAUCCUCAAUACUCAACAGACCUCUGCAUGACGAUUUAUCACAACUUGUAAAGGACAUGAAGAAAGCAUCAUAGAUGAACA